GAACAGGAAGGUCUUGGCGCGCGAGUCCGGACUGUGCGAUGAAAUUCACUAGUCUAACCAACGCCGACGAAGAGAGCAGUCCGCCAGCACCCCGCCAGCAUUUCCGCCUCAUCUUAGACAUCUUCGGUCACAGACGAUCUUUCUGUGAUCUACCCUAGUCUAUUCUCCGUCGCCUUCACCGGAAUCAGAUCCUGGUCGGCCCAAAAUGAGGCCUAUUUUGCUUUCGGGCCAUGAGCGGUCCCUCAACCAAAUCAAAUUCAACCGCGAUGGCGAUCUCAUCUUCUCCGUGGCAAAGGAUAAAAUUGUGUGUGCUUGGUGGUCGGCUAACGGCGAGCGACUCGGUACCUACAACGGACAUCAGGGUGCCAUCUGGACGGUCGACGUGAGUCCCAACACCGUUCUCCUGGCGACCGGAUCGGCAGACAACACCGUGCGACUAUGGAACGUGAAGACCGGCGAGUGCGUGAAGGUGUGGGACUUCCCCACGGCCGUGAAGCGCGUUGAAUUCACCCCCGACGGAACCAGGCUGCUGGCUGUGACGGAAAAGCGUAUGGGUUUCCUGGGCACUAUCGCCGUGCUCGAUAUCAACUACGGAGAUGGUCAGGGCGGCAACCUGGAGGUUCAGGCCGAGGAGCCUAGCCUCAGAAUCACCUGCACGGAGAGCAAGGCCACCGUUGCGGGCUGGAGUUAUCUGGGCCAGUACAUCAUCGCCGGCCACGAGGACGGCAGCAUCAGCCAGUACGAUGCCAAGACCGGUGAGCAGCUGGAGAACGUCCAGGCUCACGAGUUCGACCACCAGAUCAACGACAUCCAAUUCUCCGAAGACCGCACCUACUUCAUCACCGCCUCGAAAGACAAAUCUGCCAAACUCAUCUCCACCCGUAACCUCGCCAUCCUCAAAACCUACGUUGCCGACACGCCCCUGAACAGCGCCACCAUUACUGCCAAGAAGGAGUACGUGAUCCUGGGAGGUGGUCAGGCCGCCAUGGAUGUCACCACUACCUCUGCUCGCCAGGGUAAAUUCGAAGCUCGUUUCUACCACAAGGUCUUCGAGGACGAGAUCGGCCGUGUCCGAGGCCAUUUCGGUCCCCUGAACACCGUUCACGCUCACCCCAACGGUACCGCCUACGCCUCCGGCGGAGAGGACGGUUACGUCCGUGUCCACCACUUCGACAAGUCGUACUUUGAUUUCAUGUACGAGGUCGAGCGGGAGCAGCUGAGACGGUAAAUUGGUCGAUGAAUCGAGGUUUUUUCUAUUCUACGCAUAUACGUAUGUGUCAUGAGGCAAAGACAUUUAUUACCCAAGGAAGAAAAAAAGUAGAAAAAGCAAGGCCGAGGCGAUAUGAAAGGGGGGUGUGGGUGGCUUUAGGGCAUGAGUUUCUCAUUUCAUUUGAUUCCAUGAUAAAUCGGAGUUGGUACCAUUUCCUUUUCUUUGGUCGCUUUCUGUGUCCUAAUAAAAGAAACACAUUUUUACUUUCACCAGUUCAUAUUUUACUAUUUUUGCUUCAUAUUUGAAUUUGAUUGACAAUUUGCUGGGCAGCAUUUCUAUGAACUAUGAUUAUAUCUAGACAUAAGCCAACACCAACGUCUCUCAACUAAAUGAGAAGCACAGCACAAUUUAUCAAAUGAUCUUUCUUUAAAGGGAAUCCCAUUUUGAUGCCAGGCCAGCGCUCUUCCGACCAGCAGAAAGUAAUAACAAAACAGACAUGAAAUCCUCAUUGCACAUGUUGCGUCACGUAACAACCGAAAAUGAACGGGAAAAAGACAUGAAAUAGGUCAAGAUCCCGGGAUAUGUUAUAAAAAAAAAAAGAAGCAGAAAGAAAGGAAAAGAGAGUCGUUUCUAAGCCAUUCCCGAAAUUAUUUCUUCUUGGGAAACCUCUCCUUGCCGAUGUCCGAGCCUCUCAGCUUGAUAUUGAGCACACGCUCCAUGGCGCUGAGGACCUUCUGGUCGGGCGUAGCGGUACCCUUCUCGAAGUCCUGGAUGACACCGGGGGUGGUGUUGCACUUGGUGGCAAGUUCCUUCUGCGUCAUCUUGUAGCCCUCCUCGUUUCGGCGCUUCUUGAUGGCGUCUGCGACCUGGUAACCCACGGUCUUGGGCUUGACGAUGUCGUCGCUGCGGUCGACCUUGGUCAAGUGCUGGCCCUCGGGGGCUCCUGAGCGACCAGCCUACGAAAUCCGAUUAGCCACUGAUUUAACAGAACAAUAGAAGAUACCUCAUCUGGAUGAAGAGGAGAGAAAUAAGGAGGAAAAACACAUACAGCAUUGCCGCUAGCAUACUUCUUCUCAGUGCCAAUGACCAGACCUUGACGCUGAGCGGCGUUCAGGGCGCUUUUGCCCUUGAUGACGGUCUCACGAGGGGCAGCGCCGCCGCGGUUCUUAGCGCCAAUGCGAGUAACGGAGUCCCAGUCGCUCAUUUUGAAAGAAAGUCUAACGAUUAUAGAGGAUUAAAGGUAUCGGUGAUGGUCGUGGUGAUGGUGGACGGUGGAGGGUGUGAGGUGGCGUUCAGAUCGUGUAAAUAUUUUGUGUGGCUCAGAAGAAGGGAUGUUCUCAGCCCG